AUGUUUAUCAUACGAAUACUUUCUCUUCUCCUGAUUAAAGCAAUUCUUGUCCGUAAUGAAUCGUUUACAUCUACAACACAUCUGACCCAGCUAUUAAAAACUGAAAUAGCAUUAGCAAAGAGCUUGGAAACACAUUUGAAACAAGAAUACGAACGUUUAGAUCAAAUAGAAAAGUUCGUCAACGUUAUCAAAGAUGAAAUUCGACAAGCACAAGGCAACGAAGAAUAUUAUUUCGGAAAUCCAGUCAAUUCAUAUUUAUUCAUCAAACAUCUUACUGCAGAUUGGUAUAAUAUCGAAGAACUGUUGCCAACAAAUUUUUCGAAGAAUUUAGCCGACAAAUGGAUAUUUCCUUCCUUUGAGGACUAUACUGGAUCUGCCACGGGCUUGUUACGUUUGCAAGAUACAUACAAAUUGAAUACCAGUCAAUUAGCUAACGGUGAAAUCAGCACCAAAUUCAAAUCCAAACGCUUGAGUGCGUUGGAAUGUUAUGAUUUGGGUCGGGUUGCAUAUACAAGCGGUGAUUUCUAUCACACUUUAAUGUGGAUGCAAGAAGCUUUAGAUCAUCUCGAUAAAGAACAAAAUAAAACAUCAAUUAACAAAAUCGAUAUCUUAGAUCAUUUAGCCUAUGCAACAUCACAACAAGGAAAUGUCGAACAUGCAUUAGCGGUCACUGAAGAACUGCUGAAAAUAUCUCCCAAUCACAUUCGAGCGAAUAAUAAUAAGAUCUACUAUGAAACAAUUAUUAAGAACCGAACGUUGAGUAAACAACAACGCAAAGGUGAUACGAAUACAAAUGAAGCUUUGAAUCCAAGUUUACUUUCAGCAAAUUCACCCAAUAAAAAUUAUAAAGUUAAAAAUGAACGACCAGAUGAUCUCUUGGAAGAACAUGAACUAUAUGAAGAACUUUGUCGACAAAACCAAACUCGAUUGAGUCCACAGCGCGAAGCUAAAUUAUUUUGUCGUUAUCGACAUAAUAAUCAUCCGUUGCUUAUUCUACGUCCCGUCAAAGAAGAACAAGUAUUGGAUCAACCGGCAAUUUUUCUCUUCCAUGACGUUGUUAGCGAUGCAGAAAUCGCCGAGAUCAAAUCACUUGCUUCACCGAAAUUACAACGGGCCGUCGUACGUGAUUUCGUUACUGAUACUUUUAAACCAGCUGAUUAUAGAAUCAGCAAGAGAACAGCAAGGAAUGAACAUGCCAGUUAUCGAGUGAGCAAAAGUGCUUGGCUGAGAAAUGAUGAUUCACCAGUGGUCGCUCGUCUAUCAAGAUUAAUUGGAGCUAUCACAAAUUUAAACAUGAUCACAGCGGAAGAUCUUCAGAUUGCAAACUAUGGUGUUGGUGGUCAUUACGAACCACAUUUUGAUUUUGCACGAAAAUCGGAAAAAGAUGCAUUUUCAAGUCUGGGUGUUGGAAACCGCAUUGCAACAUGGUUGACUUAUAUGACUGAUGUCGAACAAGGUGGUGCAACCGUUUUCCCAAUAGUGGGUGGUCAUCUGAAACCGAAAAAAGGCAGUGCUGCGUUCUGGUAUAAUUUAUACGCAUCUGGAGAAGGUGAUUACAAUACUCGUCAUGCCGCAUGUCCGGUAUUGAUUGGCAACAAAUGGGUUGCAAAUAAAUGGAUCCAUGAACGUGGUCAAGAAUUCCGUCGGCCCUGUUCACUCGAUCCGAUGGCAUAA